UGUAGGGGGUUGAGGUUUGUGAGUGUGUGCACAAAAGAGCAGAGGAAAUGAAAGUGUGAAAUAUAAAGGUUGUGUGAAGAGUAGUUUCAGUCAUCGUCUACUGCACAGCUACGAUGAGGUCGCUUGUCUAUCUUCCUGUCUGCCUGGUGCUGUUUCUGCUCUGUCGUACUGCAGAAACAAGUCAGCGUUCUUUAAAUUGCUGUUUGAAGACUGGCAACUGCAGAAUAAAUAAAUACAGAGUGGUGGAUUAUAGAGUCCAGAAAGCAGGAGCUUGCGCUAUCAAUGCCAUUGUCUUGUGGAUCAAAAAAGGCAAAGCAAAGUGUUGUGACCCAGACUCGGAGUGGACCAAAGAUAUUAUGAAAAUGGUGGACCAGAAAAAAAUGUCAAAACAAAACUCUGAUCCAAAAGCCUCACCAAGACAAAAUAGAAGAAAAGGUGGAAAGGGACGCAAACAGAAGAAAACAAUUUAAAUUUUUUUAAUAUUUCUUUUAUGUUCAAUGUGUGCCAGCCAACUGA